AUGAAAGAUCACCAAACUCGAAGCUGCAACGCUGCAACCUUUGGCUCCUCAAACCUGAAGUAAAGGUAUCCGAAUUUCCCACACCUCAUCUCAUCUCAUAAUUUCAACUUCAAAAGAAGCAAAACACAAACAACAAACAACCACAAACUAAUAACAACACAACCACAAACCAACAAUCAAAAUGAUCUCCAAUAUCCUUGCCAAGAGCAACAUUGCAAGCAUUGCCAAGACCGUCAAGACCACCUCAGAGAAGAUGAAGCCUCUCGGAGAAGAAUACUGCCCUCACGAGUUGGAUGUCAUCUGCCAGAGAGGAAAGGCCGCCUACAAGCACAACGCUCACUUCCGAAAGCUCAUCGAGAACUACCUCGAGAGAUACUCUGGUGCUUCCUCAAGAUUGGAAAAAUCUGCCGUCGUCUCUGACAUCGUCGACAAGGUCCGAGAGCUCAGCCCCGGAGGUGGCUUCAUCAGAAACAUUGGCGGAUGGUACUUCGCCUGCGGAGACGCCAUCGCACGAGAAAAGGUUGGAGGAACCUUCCGUGAAUACCUCGAUGACCAAUACAAGUCAUCCACCAAGGCAAAGAAGCGCCGCCGAGAAGCCGCUGCCGCCACAACCGAUGCCACCGACGUCAAACCCGUUGCACCCAAGAGCAGCUCCACACCCUCCAAGCCCUCUACACCUCCCAAGCCCUCUACGCCUCCCAAGUCUUCCAGACGCCUUUCUGAGAUCAGUGUCGUGAGCUUCGAAUCCGGCCCCGAGUCUGCUCCAGCCAGCCCGGCCCCCAAGCGUCGUCGUGUCAUGGAGCCCAAGGCUUUCGAGAUUGCUGCCGCCAUGAAUAUGCCCGUGUUUCCUGGUGAUAUUGCUACUUGCGACAAAACCUUCCAGCUGGACCUGUCGAGCGUGGACCAUCUCUUGCUUCACGACGACGAACCCCUUCCCGCAAUGAUCUCUCCGGAUAGUCUCAACUUCCCUUCCUUCGACUACAUGACUCCUGAGUGCCAACAGUCCGACGAUCAAGUGGACAAUUUCGACAUUCUGCUGUCAAAGAUUUGUCCUUUGUAAGCGUGGGGUGACAUCAUACUGUGCCUGAAAAGAAGGCACCCAAAAUAAGGAAAGCAACAUGUAAUGCAUAUAAUAUAAUACAGAAAAAC